AAAGGGGACGAGCUUUCAGUGAGAGUUGGUUGAGUGUCGCUCUGGCGAAAGAAAGUUGUACUGUACAAUGUUUCAGUGCAAGUGACAGCAUGGGUCCUGUCCGUGUUCUUCUGUUCGUCAGUCUUUACGAGCUGGCAGAUUCUGUCACCCGAGUUUAUUACCUCGCAGUCAAAGAAGAGGUCUGGGACUACGCGCCCGCAGGAGAAAACAAUCUUCCAGACCAGAACCUGGAACACGAUAAACGUACACCACUAUAUCUAAAGAGUGGAACAGACAGGAUUGGGCAAUUGUACAAGAAGGCUGUGUAUAAACAAUUUACUGAUGGAACGUACUUGACUGAGAUUCCUAAACCUAAUUGGCUGGGAUUUCUAGGCCCAGUGCUCAGGGCCGAAGUGGAAGAUGUGAUUAUUAUUCACUUUAAAAACUUUGCAUCUCGCCCCUACUCUGUGCAUCCACAUGGAGUCUUCUAUGAAAAAGGUUCUGAAGGUGCUUUUUAUCCUGAUGGUACAUCUGGUAAGCAGAAGAUGGACAACGCUGUUCCGGCAGGGGGAAACCACACUUACAGAUGGACAGUGAAGGCACAAUAUAGACCGACAGAUGCUGAUCCCAACUGCUUAACAUGGAUUUACCAUUCCCAUGUGGAUGCUCCCAAGGACAUUUCAUCAGGUUUGAUUGGAGCACUGUUAACAUGUAAAAAAGGGACCUUUGAUGAGGUGACACUGGAACGGAAAGACGUUGACCAGGAUUUUGUUUUAAUGUUCUCCGUUGUGGAUGAAAAUCUGAGUUGGUAUCUAGAUGAGAACAUUAAUAAGUAUUGCAGCAUGCCAUCCACAGUUGACAAAGAUGAUGAAGACUUUCAAGAAAGCAACAAGAUGCACUCGAUCAAUGGCUAUGUGUUUGGAAAGUUACCUGGCCUGAACAUGUGCAGAGGUCAGUCUAUUUCCUGGCACUUGUUUUCAAUUGGAAAUGAAGCUGAUGUUCACUCGGUGUAUUUCCACGGCCAGACUUUCAUUAACAGAGGGCACAAAAUGGAUGUUGUUAGUCUCUUUCCAGCUUCCUUUGCCACAGUGCAAAUGUUUCCUAGAAAUGUUGGAAUAUGGCUACUAAGGUGCCAAGUCAAUGACCAUAUUAAAGCUGGUAUGCACGCAUUAUUUGUGGUGCAGGAUUGUAACCGCAAUGUUUCAGAGAUUACACUAACUGGCAAAGAGAGAAGGUACUUCAUUGCAGCUGAGCUGGAGAGGUGGAAGUAUGCCCCCACAAACAAGAACUCAUUUAAUGGUCAGCCACUAGAUGCAGAAGGAAGUGAUUCUGAGAUCUUCUUCAAGAAGAAUGCCAAUCGAAUAGGAGGAGAAUACUGGAAAGUACGAUAUGUUGAAUAUACUGAUGGAACAUUUAGCACCAGAAAAGAUCGAUUACCAGAGGAGAACCAUCUAGGAAUACUUGGCCCAGUGAUUAAAGCUGAAGUUGGAGACACCAUUAUCGUUACUUUUAAGAAUAAUGCAGAUCGGGCCUACAGCAUUCAGCCUCACGGGGUGUAUUUUACAAAAGAGUUUGAUGCAACAAGAUAUGCUGAUGAUUUUGCAAGAAAUGGUUCAUCUGUUAAGCCCGGAACAUCCUUCACCUAUAAGUGGACUGUGCCACAGCAUGUCGGACCAACAGUCAACGACCCAUACUGCCUGACUUGGAUGUACUAUUCAGCCACCAGUGUAGUGAGGGACACCAGUUCUGGCCUCAUCGGGCCAUUGCUCAUCUGCAAGCAGAACACAUUAAAUCCAGACGGUUCACAGAAAAGGAUGGACAAGGCGUUUUACCUGCUGUAUACAGUAUUUGAUGAGAAUCUUAGUUGGUACCUCUCAAAGAAUUUGGAGACGUUUAUUCAGAAUACUAAUGUUGACUUGGAGGAUGAAGAAUUUCAAAAUUCAAACCAAAUGCAUGCUAUUAAUGGUUACAUGUUCGGUAAUCUGCCUGGACUGGUGAUGUGCAAGGGGGACAAAGUUUCAUGGCAUUUGAUUGGACUGGGCAAUGAAAUCGACCUGCAUGGUGUUUACUUUCAAGGCAACACCUUCCAAGACAACGGGAUGAAACGUGAUGUGUACAAUCUGUUUCCUCAUACUUCAGCAACAAUCUUCAUGCAACCUGAUGAUGUUGGCACCUUUAAGGUCAACUGCCGAACAGCUGAUCACUACAGGGCUGGAAUGAAACAGUUGUAUCAGGUUAAUAACUGCAAUAAAAGUAUCCCAGCCCAGAAGUUUGGGAUAAUCCGAACGUAUUACAUCGCAGCAGUGGAGACAGAAUGGGACUACUCGCCUGACAGGAGCUGGGAGCUGGAAAGAUUCAAUACCACUGAAGAAGAAAGUCCUGGCCAAGUGUUUGUUAGUGCAGGGGAAGGUAAAAUUGGGUCAAAGUACAGAAAGGCAGUUUAUAGGGAGUUUACGGAUGGAACAUUUACCAGACAGAAAAGAAGAUUACCAGAAGAACAACACUUGGAAAUAUUAGGUCCAAUCAUCCGUGCAGAAAUUGGUGACAGUAUCCUGAUAAUAUUUAAGAACCUGGCAUCUAGGCCUUACUGUAUACACCCUCAUGGUGUUGAAGAAGUAAACAGUGGUAAACAUCUCAAAGUACCUGUUACUAUGCCAGGUGAAAUCAAGACCUACAGAUGGAAUGUUCCAAAAAGAUCAGGCCCUGGUAAAGGCGACUCAAAUUGUAAUACCUGGAUCUAUUAUUCUGCAGUAAACUUUAUGAAGGAUCUGUACAGUGGGUUGGUUGGCCCUCUGAUUACCUGUCGUAAGGGAACACUUGAUGAUAAUGGUAGGAGGAAGGAUGUUGAUCGGGAAUUUGCUUUGUUGUUCCUGGUAUAUGAUGAAACUGAAUCCUGGUACCUGAAUUACAACAUCCGUACGUACCUUAAGAUGGAUCCAACAAAGUUCAGGAAAACCUAUGAAUUUGUACGAAGCAAUAAAAUGCAUGCAAUUAAUGGGAAGAUCUAUGGAAACCUUCAUGGACUGACUAUGUUCGAAGGAGAAAAGGUUGACUGGUAUUUGUUGGGAAUGGGGAAUAAAGAGGACAUACAUACCGUUCAUUUCCAUGCCCAGAGCUUUCUCUAUAAGGUGGAAAAUCACCACAGAGCAGAUGUGUACGAUCUCUUCCCUGGAACAUUCCAGACAAUUGAAAUGGUUGUGUCAAACCCUGGGACCUGGCUGUUGCAUUGCCAUGUAACUGAUCACAUCCAUGGUGGCAUGGAAACUGUUUAUACCAUCCUGAACCGGAUAGAUGAUGCAAGGACUACUGUGCAACAGCUGUCUACAGAUUCUGCAGCAAAUGGUGGUACUGCAUUAACAUUAGACCUCUUUGGGAACAAGCUUGAUAAAAAAGAAAUCAAAUUAAUGCUGGCAUUGCUUCUCAUUACCGGGGGCCUUCUAUUGUGAUUGCAACAAACUGAAGGUGCUGCUCAGGGAAACGGUGCAACGCUGGAGUCCAUCUCAAAUUUCCUCCUGUCUGCAAUCAGUAACGUUAGAGAAAAAAGCACGCAACAUGCCAGACUGGCAACUGAUUCCGAACUGCAGCUGAAAAAAAUCAUCGAUCAGUUAUGGAUUACAGCAAGUGAGCUUUUGCUUUUAUGUGCAGGGCAACUUUCCAUAGUACUCAAUUACAUAAGGGAUACACAAACAAAUGAGAAUUUAUUUUGUCAAUAAUCUGAAUAUACUGUCAAUUUGCCCUCAGAUUGGAGCAUGAAAUGCAGUAAAUGUAUCAAACAAUCGUCUCGAAUGAAUCACAUCGGUAAUUGUAGAAAAGAUCAAUAUCUUCUCGAAUUUUAUGAAAUUGCUUGAUUCCUUUGCCAAGAUAAAAUAAAUUUUUUUUUUAAAAUCUGGAAGUGGUCCAUAUAACCUUUCAGUUUAGUAAUGCUGAACAAGGUAAGGGACUAUUUGGACUUUUGGGACCCAGUCAUCUUCCUGUUGAGAGCAAGUUGCUAGUUCCACUCAUCCUUUCUCCAUAUUUCUGUAGUGUUUGUUAUCCACGUUUACUAUUAGCAAUGCAAACCUCUUUAUGCCAAAAAUAUGUUUUCCUGUGGUGUUAGUUAUCAUAGAUUACCAUAUCAAUACAUUCUUCUUAUCAAAGUUUCUUCAGUAUAUCCAUGUAAUCCCAUCCUUCAGACUGUUUGAAUAACUAUCUUCUGUGAUAUUUCAAAGGCUUUACAAACUUCUUAAGGCAUGGUGCUUGGAACUGGACUCAAUUCUCCCUCUACAGUAGACUACUAACUACUUUAAGGACGCUUUUUACUCAUUGGGAAGAAAUUUGUCCAGCACUAAAUUCAGAAGUUGCACCCUGCUUUCAAAACUCAAGCAUCAAGCUGUGCAUUUAAUCUUAAUGACCGGGACCAGGUUCUGGGCAUGCACCAGGUUAACAAAGCUAGGAACUUCAUCGUCUCCUUUGUUAACCUGUCCUGCCAACUUUAAUCAUCAAGUGACUCCUGAUAUCCUGAAAACUGAGCUAUUUGGCAUUCAUUCUUUCUCCUUAUUGUUCCUCCUGAGGUAUAGCACUUCACACUUGUAUUAGUUGAACUUCAUUUGUCUAUUCCAUCAGCUUGUUCACGUCCACUUCUAGUCUGUUUGUAUUUUCCUCAUUGUCUGCUACACCUCCAAGUUCCAUGUAAUCAGCAGAUUGUACAUUUGUGCCCUGAACCACCACUCCCCCAACCUCCCUCAAUGCCAAGUGAUCAAUGGAUAUCAAAAGACAUUGUCUGUUCUGUAACUGAGUCUUGGGGAAUACCACAGUACAUGUUGUCCCAGUCUAACAAGCAGCCGAACACAGCUUUCUAUCAUGUAGCUCAUUUUCUGUGUGUAUUACUAAUGCAUAUUUAAACCCAUGGAUUUCAAAUGGAUUAACAAGCCAACUAGUUCAAUUUUAUUGAUGCCUUUUGUGUUAAAAAAAUUGCAUGUAACUUUGAUGUAUCUUUUUGGACAUAAUUCUCACUAUAACUAUCUACAUUAUUAUAUUUUCCAUGUACUUGGCUAAGGUAUUUUAAAAAUAGAACAUAUUCAUCACUCCUUAACUAAAUUUC